UUGCUGCUAAAGCUGUACAGGAUUGAGUUGUGGUGAGCGGUGCCACUGCAGCGUUUGAGCGAGGUUUCUAUCAUUUCUGUUUGACAACAUCAUUUGACUACAAUAAGGGGAGAAACUGUACUUUGAAUACAUAAUUCACGCAGAAUGUCCGACUUCGACAGCAAUCCGUUCGCAGACCCGGAGUUCAGCAACCCUUUUCAGGACCCCUCGGUGACGCAGGUAACACAGAAUGCCCCUCCAGGUUUGGAGGAGUACAACCCUUUCACAGAUGCCAGAACAGCUGCCCCAGGCUCCGCCCCUGGCUCUGCCCCCAAAGCUCCGCCCACUACCAACACACAGCCCGCCAUCAUGAAGCCCACCGAGGAGCCGCCGGCGUACUCUCCCCCCCAGCAACACGCACCGGACCAGGCGCGUGCCCAGGCCGAUCUCCUGCGGCGUCAGGAGGAGCUGGAGAAGAAGGCAGCGGAGCUGGACCGGAGGGAGAGGGAGAUGCAGUCCCUUUCUGGAGGAAGGAAAAACAACUGGCCCCCUCUUCCGGAGAAGUUCCCAGUUGGGCCCUGUUUUUACCAUGACGUUUCUGUGGACAUACCUGUGGAAUUUCAGAAGACCGUCAAAAUCAUGUACUAUCUGUGGAUGUUCCACGCAGGGACGCUGUUGGUGAAUAUUUUGGGCUGCUUGGCCUGGUUCUGUGUGGAUACGUUGCGGGGCGUGGACUUCGGCCUGGCCAUGGUCUGGUUCCUGCUCUUCACCCCCUGCUCCUUUGUCUGCUGGUACAGGCCGCUGUAUGGAGCCUUCAGGAGUGACAGCUCCUUCAGGUUCUUCGUCUUCUUCUUUGUGUACAUCAGCCAGUUCGGUGUGCAUGUGCUGCAGGCUAUCGGCAUCGCGGGCUGGGGGGCCUGUGGCUGGAUCUCUGCGCUCACAGGGCUGAAUAAGAGCGUCCCUGUGGGCAUCAUCAUGAUCCUCAUCUCCGCCCUGUUCACCGCCUCCGCUGUCAUCUCCCUCAUCAUGUUCAAAAAGGUCCACGGGCUGUACCGCACCACUGGAGCCAGCUUCCAGAAGGCCCAGCAGGAGUUUGCCACGGGCGUCAUGGCCAACAAGACUGUCCAAACCGCUGCUGCUACCGCUGCCUCCGGCGCUGCCCGCGGAGCCUUCAAGGGAGAGCAGAUCUGAGCGCUGCAGCCAAUCGCUGUCCCUCCACCCCUGACCCCGCCCACUGCACACAAAUCACCAUCUUCUGCCCCGCCCCCUGUGGAGGCUGAGCUCCCCCAAAUGAGUUUAAAAAGAGGGGGGGUGCAGUAGGGCUGAUUCUCACUGAGAAACCUCCCCCCUCCUUCUCUAUUUGGGACAGGAAGUGAUGUAGCAAAUCCCCCCCCCCUCCCCAUCGUCCCUCUCAGUCCUAGCCCACCAAUCCCGACAGGCUUCAGAAUGGCCUUAACACCCCAGUGUAUAACACAAGACGCUCAGCCUGGAAACUUCUCCAAUCACGCAGCAGAAAAUUCUGUCCAGGUUCUCGCCAGCAUGACCAGUUGAACAGGCAGGAAUGGAUCAAGGUGUACCAUGUGUGCACCUCUCUCAGAAACGGCUCAACAGCGCUGAGACUAAUUAAGUUUUUUCCAAAAUGAUGUAAAAGAACAUUUAUAUCAUGUGUAAUUUGUACUGUUGCCAUUGAAAGAGGAUGGGGCAAGAACCAACAGCACUAAGACCUAGCUUUACCAAGUAUGAUCUCUGUAUGAUUGUGCCUAAUGCAUGUAUACUGUACAUUGUGUACUGUAUACUGGGAUGUGUUCAGAAUGCUUUCUGCAACACUCCAUAGAGCCGUUUAGUGACACUCCAACAGUAUCCGUACUGUUGACCAGCGCAGGGAGGCUGGGUAGGUGUGGUGUUUCACAGUAAACUGUAACUGCUUCUUGGCUGCGAUUAACGUGCAUGUAGUGAACCCGCCUUCAACAUUUAUGGGUUUUUUUUUGUUUUGUUUUUUUUUUAAACGCAGGCCUUACAGCGUGGAUGAGUAAGACAGAUCUGCCCCAUCAGUGGGAAUGAGGGCUUUUUGCCCCAGGGGCAUCAGUGGGAACAGGGGCUUUAACAGGGCUGGAGAUGAGUUAGCCUCAGCUCUAAUGCCCCUCUGUAAGGCUGCUGCAGACUGCAGCUGCUCAGGUUUGAUUGGUGUGAGAGUGUGUGAGAGUGUGUGAGAGUGUGUGAGAGUGUGUGAGAGUGUGUGAGAGUGUGCGGCACAGCUACAGUUCCUGUGUGACUGGUUCUUGGGGUUACUGGAGUCAAGGUUUUCAUAUUAAAACCCUCCUGGUUGUCUUGUGAAGGAUAGUUGUGUGUGUAUUGUGCAGUGUUGCAGCUGGUUGCGGAUUUGGGGCAUGAUGAACAUGAAGAGUCCUGCCUGUAAGAGCUCUGGAUCUUCUGCACCUCUCCGUUCUGGGGGAGGGGGGUACCCUACUGCUGUAGUGCUGGGUCACAUUCAGGAGCUCUGGGACUCUGAGUCACAUUGAGGCCUGGAAUGGAUUUGGGGCAGUUAUCAUCUCUAAUAUAAAAAAAUCUCCUGCUUUUUCAUUUCUCAUGUCUCAUGCUCCUAAGAACCUCCUCUUGAACAGACCUCUGCCCUUACCUGGUUCACCUGUGUGGGUGCUAUUUCAGGCCUGUUGAACAUGUAUGUACACUAACACUAAGCCAUCCUGGAAAUGGGCCGUUCCUGCCUUUUCAUAACCUACAGCAACUCAGCAGAGGUAUUAAAUCCGCUAAAACUCAGGAUCUUUACUGUGUGUCAGGCGCAUUAAAUUUUGGGCAGUUAACCGGGGCAGAGGAUAUUUCAGUCGACACCGUUGACGCCAUUGGUGUAAUUGCUAACCCUGUCGGCAAUGUGGAUAUGAAGGAACUUCAGAGGCUAUGGUUGAGACCAGUUUUGGUUUUGUGUUUUAUAGUUUUUGAGCAUUAUUGAACUAUUUUUUUAAUACUUGUUUCAGAGGGGGAACUGUGUUGCACAUUUCUUUUAGGCCCUUUAUCUUGUAUAUCACAUUGUGGAUUUCUGUUGUUACUGUGUGUCUUAAUUCAUGGCCCUGGUAACACUCUGGGGGGGGGCUACAUUUUAUCAUGGCUUGUUUUUUUAAAGUAUUUCUGUUUCUCUGUAUUUAAUUGUUUUGCUCAUUUAUGUUUGUAGCUCUCUGUAUGUUGGCCUGUAUAGCACAAUUUGGAAGUUCAUAGAGAGAGCAUACUCUGUAUGUAGUGUGAGUAGAGCACUUGAGAACAGACUCGGUAUGUAGUGUGUAGUGCACUUUAAAUGAGAAAUGUUAACAUGGUUGUUCGACAGCAGGCAAUGCAGCCAGCCAGGCAGGAGUAGUGAACUUCCUGACACUCUUUUUGAAGCAUAGCAGGUUGCUGUUUCAAUGUGUUGAAUUUAUGAAUCUGAUAGUUCCACUUACUGCUAUUUUUCUCCAAAGCCAUGGUUUCUCCCAUUGUAUGCAUGUAUGCACAUGUGUGUGUGUUUGUGUGCGUGCGUUUGCUUAGCUACUGCAGGUUUUCUUUUUCUUUUUUUAAAUCAUAAUCGGCUGAGAGGCACCUGGAUCUUUCGGUUUUCUCCAAAUUAUUUCACAGACGCUUUCAUUAGAAAAAGAAGAUUAAAGUCAUAGUUUUCAGAAAAGGCUGAUGUGACAUUUCUUUGUGUCCUCAGAUGAAUUGUGACUUCCGCUCUUUCCGAUUGAUAAAGAAAUGUGCAGAGACACGGUGAAUUAAAUGGUUAUGGCUCAGUCUACGGUAACAAAGUUCAAUUCAUUAGAAAUGAAAAUGGACUUUAUGGUAUAUUUGUAUAUUUUGUAGAACUGACGGUUGGUCCGCCGUUGUCCUGUACAAAUGCACUUCUCUCCCUGUUGCAUGUUGCUUAGUUUGAGUUUUGUAUAUUUAUUGUAUUAACACUAAAUAAAAUGUAAAAAGCAAACUA